AGCACUGGUGCCAUGUGAGGAAAGUGAUAAGGACCGGGUGUCAUCAAGGUGGAAUUUCUCUUUGACACUCCCAGGACUUCAUCAUCAGAUUCUCCCCCGAGGGUCCCGCCCUCUCCUCCCACCCAAGCCUGGUGUGAGGCCUUCUGGUCUUCAGGUCCUGCUUCACCUCAGCUGGGCCCGGCUGCCACCCCUGCUUAUCUGCCCCCAGAACGUCAGGUGCCCGGGCCGUGCGUGACUCAGUGUCUGUCUCCUGGCUGAGCUCAGCUUGGGCACGGGGACGGGGGAGAGGGCAGUUUCUUCUGAGACUGGUGGUGACUCAGGGGCCUGGGGCCUUUGUGCCUUUCUUUGUUGGCCAUGGCUCAGGAAUCCAGAGAAACUGGUCAGGGGGCGGCCCCUGGGAUCCGUCCCUCCUCUGUCCCGCCCCUCCUCCAGAGGCGUAUAACUGCACCUGUGUCCUCAUUGCUGGCGGCAGCUGGCGGCGGCGGGAAGGCACUGGUCGGGUCACACUUUCUGAGGCCGGCAGGUGGCGGCGGCAGCGACUGGCUUUGUCUGUCUGGCCUCUUGGGGAAAGGCUCUCCCUUCCCCCGGUGGAGCUCAGACUCCUCACUAGGAAGCCUACGACCCUCAGCCGCCGAGCCAUGGCGUCCAUGGGGCUGCAGGUGCUGGGCCUGGCGCUGGCCGUGCUGGGCUGGCUGGGGGCCAUCCUGAGCUGCGCGCUGCCCAUGUGGCGCGUGUCGGCCUUCAUCGGCAGCAACAUCGUCACGGCGCAGACCAACUGGGAGGGCCUGUGGAUGAACUGCGUGGUGCAGAGCACCGGCCAGAUGCAGUGCAAGGUGUACGACUCGCUGCUGGCGCUGGCGCAGGACCUGCAGGCGGCUCGUGCGCUCAUGGUGGUCUGCAUCAUCGUGGCCGCGCUGGGCAUGCUGCUGUCCGUGGUCGGAGGCAAGUGCACCAACUGCCUGGAGGACGAGACCACCAAGGCCAAGACCAUGAUUGUGGCGGGCGUGGUGUUCCUGCUGGCCGGCGUGCUGGCCAUAGUGCCGGUGUCCUGGAUGGCCAAUAACAUCAUCCGCGACUUCUACAACCCGCUGGUGGCCUCGGGGCAGAAGCGGGAGAUGGGGGCCGCACUCUACAUCGGCUGGGCCGCCUCGGGGCUGCUGCUGCUCGGGGGCGCCCUCCUGUGCUGCAACUGCCCACCCCGCACUGACAAGCCCUACUCAGCCAAGUACUCGGCCGCCCGCUCUGCCACGACCACCAACUACGUGUAGGAGCUGCGUGCUGCUGUCCCUUUCGGCUUUGUUUUUCCCUGGCCUGAACUCCGCCCAUCCAGCCAGUGACCCCAGGAUGGCCCUGCCACAGAUGGACAAGCAGGGACGGAGCAGCCCUUGGGCUGUGCUGGCUCCUGCCCACCUCACCAUGGCCUCUUCCCCUUGGGCGGGAUGGACAGGAAGACUCCUGAGCCAGCCACCCCCUCCGCACUGUGGUGGACACGGGGAGAGGGGGGAAUCCACAUGGCGUGGGGUGGCCUGGGGAGCUGGCUCCUGCUGGCCAGGACCGCUCAGCCCAACCUCAGGCUCUCCAAGGGGCCCUGCCCACCCCAGUGUUGGCUGCAAUCCCUUUCCUGUCCUCAUCCCUCUGUCACUGCAGUUCUUCUCUUGCCACUUUUCCCACGUUCCUGGGAGCCCCAGGCCUUGGCCUGACGGACGGUGGAUGGCAGGUGUCUGGGUGGAUCCGUGAUCACGACGUGGAAAUCUGCCGCAGUGGAAACCUGUCCCACCCGCGAGCAAGAGCCAGAGCCAGGGCCUCCCACCCACCUGUCCCAGAGUGGCAAAGACUGGAUGGACGGGUUUGUGGGAGGGGUGAAGGUGGAAUAAACAGGUUUGGGUAGGCUUGGGGGAGGGUCCCAGGACUUCCCCUGCCUUCCCUCUGGUUUGUUUUUGUAAUUUAAGACGUUGUAUUCAUCACUGUAAUUAUUAUUUUCUACAAUAAAUGAACCUGUGCACAGGA